AUGGAGCAGUAUAACGAAGAUGCCGGCUACUCCAAAACGGGCAACGAAGCUGCUGCCAAAGCUCUCCAAGGUGGAUCCGCAUUCGAGACCGCACCUCUGCGCAGUCCGCGUUUGCAGAAACAGAAGUCGGGACCCGGCAUGAAGAACACAAGCCAUGUGCGACCAUUGCCAGCCACGGCCGUCAUCACAAGUAACGUUCAGCAAGACGCAGGUGGGUUUGUAGAAGGCACCAAGGCCCGGAAAGGAUCGUUGCGAAAUGCUGUGCGAAAGAUCUUCGGCAGACGCUCGAGAGAUGUUGGCUUCCAGGGUCCGGAUGUGUUCGCACCACGAGUCCUCUCCAGCAGACACGCGUAUCACAAGAGCGAACCGGCCGGUCUACCACCUCCGCGCGAAGACGCAGAACCGCACUAUGACCAGGACAGCGAGUUCGCCCGGCGCGUCGUCUCUGGCCCGUUCGAGGGCCCAGCGCAGGCAUUCAUCCGGACAGCCUCGCCGUAUGCAGUGCAGUUCCCAAACAGCGUGCGCUUAAAGCCAAUGGACCUUGGAAAUCCUUCCAUUGGCCCUCCAAACCAGCUGAGACGACGCAAGACCUUACCGAGCAUCGUCUUUGACGACCCAGAAGCUGCACUUGCCGCCAGACAACUCAUGGGGGAAGACCAGGCCUUCGAGACUCAACAACCUCACGAUACGCCUACGUCCGUCCCGAAGCGCGUUCUCAGUUCCAUCAAGAAGGGCAGAAGAAAAUCGCGGAGUGCAGAUGAUCUGAAGAGCUCUGCGACGGCAGCAUCGCCUCGGAAAAGAAGUGACGAGAUACGAUGUUGGCGAGAGAGUGUUCGACCAGAGGUAUUACGGGCGAGUGGUUUUUGUGUGGCAAUGGAGACACAACAAGAGCAGGAAGACUCUCAAGCACAAAGCGCCGGAUUCGAAUUUGGAGACUUGGGACAGGUUGAUCAAGAGGGGAAUAACCAGGACAAGACGGCUCACAGGCAGACGCUGGAGACUUGGACCUCUGCCGCUGUGUCGGGAUCAGGAGCGCGAACGAUCAGAAGUACGCCUCCGCGAUCGCGACGCCACGGGCAGUCUCUUAGCGAGGGCGAUAUGAGGCCUUCUUCCGGCGUUGACACCGAGAUGUCAAGGGAUUUGGAAGACCGCGUAGCCAAGCUGGAGGCCGGUCUGCACGAUUUCCAGCGCUCAUUGCAGCGAUUGACGGCGGAACGGAACCGCAGGACGAUUGUCAUGGGCAGCAUCAACACCGGACGAUCAUCAACAGAUGUGCGAACUCCCAGCUUGUUGGCUGACACGCUUGCCGAUGCCCUCGAGCCGUCUUCGUAUGAGUACGAGUACGGGCGAACCUCACUGCAGCCCACUGCUCCUGCUGCACAAGGCUUCGGCCCCUCGCAAAGCUCAGGUGCUGCUCUCGAAAAUCCAUUCGGACCCGAGAAGCCCAAGACGCAACCUGCAGAACGACCUCGCGAAGCCUCCAAGGUGCCGAAUGCCCUCCGCUCUCACCCUCCCAAUCAGACUGGUCAACCUCCGGAGCCGCUUCAGAAGUCCACAUCCGAGCGACCACCGGAGUCGUUCAAAAUGCCCUCGCUACACCAAUCGCACCCACCACCCCAACAGCCUCCAGCUCCAGCGCCAGCUCCAGCGCCGGCAAGUACUACGAAGGGCAAGCCACAGCCUUACACGUUCAGCUCCCUCUACCAGAUGCUAGCAGACGAGCGUUCCGCGCGCCGCAAACUCGAAACUCAACUCCGAGGCCUCCGCCAGGAGAUCUCCGAUUUGCAUUCGCAAGUAACCGCUUCGUCAAACGUGCAUAGUGUAAGGAGUAGCUACAUGCUCUCGGGUGGGUCAACGAAGUUGCAAGAACUACUACGGGAGACGGAAGAAGGGAGCAGUCCGAUCACGGCGCCACACUCACCACACUCACCACAGCGAGAUUCAGGCCUUUCUGCCGUUGGGGAGACACCGCAGCCGGUGAACAUGUCCAGAUUCAGCGGAUCUGAGAGCGAGAACAAUGCCGUCGGUGAUGGAGCCGAUGACGGAGAACUCACGACGCCGCAAGAAGGCUAUCAGACCCCGUUGGAGGAGAGGUCCGGUUUUGCUCUGGGGAAGUUUGAGGGUACUGCUUCAUCGAAGAAUCAGCAAGGCCUGAUGUUCUGA